UCAAAUGGCUUCCUCUUCAGCUCACCUCAACCACCACCAACCAUCGAACAAGCUCGGUGGAGCCACGGCGGCGCCUCCACCAACUCCAUCAUGCUCACAUCUCAACACCACCGGCAAAUCGGAUACAGCAGUCGACGCUCUCUCCAGCCUUUUCCACCGUCUCCCUCCUAAUUUGCUUUCACUCCCCAACCGCCGCUUCUCCAACGCUCCAGCAUCUUCCGACGAUGCCCCCGCAGCCUCCGUCGCUUCUCUUCCGAUGGUAUCCCUCUCCGCCGGUGAUAGACGUAGCUGGGACGAUCUUAUCUCCGCCGCUACUGAUUUUGGAUAUUUCCAACUCACUAUGGAUGACUCCAAUACUGUCAUCCCUUCUGGUCUCGCUGAAGCGGCCGAGUCUGACUCGCUCUCGCUCUUAGAGCUCAGUGAAGAGAAAAAGGAAACGUCGUUUCUAAAAAACUGGCCGAUGGGCUACGAAGCCGACGCAGAAACGCCGUCGUUUUGCCUUGACGUCGACUGUUCGACGGAGGCGAGUGAGUUGAAGCUGAGUUCUCUCCGCGAGUUCACUCGGACUCUAGAGAAAGUUGGACAUAAGACGGUAGAGAUGCUGGCUAGCGCACUCGGGUUCGGAUAUGACUCGACCCGGUUUAAUACUCUGAUGUGGCUUAACCAAGGUGUUUCUGAUGAUGAACCGGAGAUAACCAACGGGUUUUAUCCUUUUGUUGUCUGUUUACAGUAUCAGGUUAGGGAGAACAAGUAUUGCUUGCUGACCGAGUCUGGCUGGGUGUCCGUUUUGCCCAGAGUUGACUCGAUUCUUGUGACGUUAGGUGACAUUUCUCAGGUUUGGAGAAACGGAGAGGUCAAAAGAGUGAGAUAUCGACCGGUGUUGUGUUCGGGACAAAACGACGACGGUCCAACGAAGUGUGUAACAAUGACAUUGAUGCUUACACUUCCCAUGGACGCUAUGGUUUCUCCAUUGAAAGAUUUGAUCAGUGACGGCGACAAAGAAGAAGAGUAUGCAGGUAGAGGAGCAAGAAGUGAUGAGAAGAAGGCAUUUAAGUCUUUUGGUUUCGAGGAGUACGCUUGGAGAGUGUACCAUGAACGUCUCUUCUUCAGGGAUCCACUUGACAAAUACCGAAUCAAAUCUUAUAAAGAUUGAAGAACUGAUGUUUGAUUUGUUUGUUUCCUGAGUUAAGUUGGUACUAGAUUCGAGUCUUGUUUCCUGAUUUGUUUGAUUUGUUUGUUACUAGAGUCGAGUCUUGUUUGAUACCGAAUCUUUGUUGUUUUUUCAAGGGUUAUUAGCAUUUUGGCAUUGGGAUAUGUUUGUUUUUGUUCGAUUCAAAUCAGAAUAUGCUCCAUUUUGAUUAUUA